UAGCUACAAAUAGGCUCUGUCAAAAACACAUCCGGACCUCCUCAAAGUACUUAAUGGUUUGAAUAAUUAAUAUUUCGCUUUGGCUAGCACAAAAUGAAAUAAAUACCUAUAUAAAUUUGUUGUUUUUAUGUGGAAAUGUUGUGAAGGAAAAACAGAAAUACACAUGGACAGUGCUGCUCAUGUUAUGUUAUGUGGCCAAAAUAAUAAUAUUAAAAUUAUUACUGAUUAACUAUAUAACAUUAUGAUGCAGUUGGAACGUUUAGGAGUUGUUCUUAUAAAAUGAUUUUUGAAUAGUAUUUUUUACAUAAGAAGACGAAAAAUAAAUGAUAUGCAACGUGACUAGCAAAGGAGUUCCCUUAAAACCUUCCUGAAAACUAAGAAAUCAAAAAGUAUAAAUAAAAGUGGAUGGAUAUUUCUGAACUGGAGGUCAUGGUUGCUUCAUUUCUUUGCAGUCAAAACAUUUUAUAAAUUGACCAGUAAUAUGGUCAAAUAAAAGUGCACUAAGCUUUAAAAAAAUUCAAAAUUUAAAGCAUGCACAAAACAAUAAAAUUCUCGUACAUUGAAUAUUUUGUGUGAGAUAUUUUUGUAUCUUUAGUUUUCUGUUUAGUACCAAUACUACAACAUUUGGCCCCACUGUGCCAAUAUUAUUUUAACUGAAGCAUCAAGUGGUCAACGCCUUCGUUCACUUUCGAUUGCCAUGCCCAAGACGAAUGUAUUAAAUGCGGCAAUUAUACAUAAACAUGUGUCCGAAGAAAAGAAAAGCGCGUUUGUGUGUGCUGGCAUGUGGCUAUGUAUAAUUGAUAUAUUUUCAUUCUCAAUAAUAAAAGUGGAGGAUGUUGGCCGUAUUAACUUAAAAAUAGCAUGGAAAAGCGACGCUGACUCACUCGAACCGGCAGACAUGGACAUGGACACUCCAAUCGGGAGACAAGCGUACAAUUUAUUAAGUCCCCCCACCACCCUUCACCCACAAUUCAACAGCACCCACCACCCACUUUUGGGGGUUUGGAGUACUUUUACAAGGCCCUCGAAGCUCUGCCGCUGCUCUGCUACUGCGCAGUGGCUGCGCGGCCGACGAAUGCCGCCAUUUGAUGACAGCGUUUGUGGACUGAGGCGCCAGUUUGAUGCGAAGCGUGCGUUGAUUAACUUGUUGCAUACGCGUCCUGGAGAAAAGCGGGAAAGCGCUUUCCCCACCCCUCGCUAGUGCACGGCGGAAAAAUUCCAAAAACUGCAUUUUAUAGUUAGGUUACAGCUGUGAUACUCCGGGUUUAUAGGGUGAAUAGAAUUGAAUUUAUUUUGAUUUUGUUGGGAGUGUUAAUUGGUCUGUGGUAAAAAAAAUCUCAUGAUAUUUAUGUGGGCGAAUAAAGUUCUAUAUAAUCCAUCGAAAGACUACAAAACUCAGUGAAGCCGCAUAGCACUCCACUAAAAAUGUCUAAGAUCUAUUAAAGAUCAGAAUAAGAUUAAUAAACAAAAAUAAAUUUACAAGAAAAAAGCUUAUGUUGAUCAAAUAACAUUUGCUAUACUAAGGAUCAGUGGACAUCAAAAGUGUUUAGAGGAUCUAUUUUUAAUGGAAUUGUGGGAUUAUAACGCUUUAAUUUAUUACACUAUCAGGCUAAGCGUUUUUCUUUCUGCCAGUGUGUGUGAGCCAUAAUUAUUUGCGUAUUGUGGGGCGCCAAGUGAACUUGUGGCUGGGUCGGUCAGUGGUGGGGAGGUGGCCAAAGAAUGCCGAGGACGGGCGGCAGUCGAUGGUGAUGACACUGAAGGGACGCCCCCACAGAAAAUCAGCAACAACAAGACACACGUGCUAUCGCUAAUCGAUGGCCGGCCAUCAAGAGCACUAAGCAAAUAAGCAACAGGAGCCGCUUGGGGUGACUGGAGACCCCAAGUCCGAGAACCAGAAGACCCGAGACCCAAGACGUCGGCUUCUCAGUCGACGCUAGCGCAACGCUUCAGCGCAGCUAGAAAAUAAAUAAACAGGUUUAGUUGCCGUCGGCGAUUCCUGAGGAGCGGAGUCCCGAGCGCUUUUUCCCCCAUUUCACUCGAGAAAUGCUGGCCGCCCAGGAGAACCGCUUUCAGCAUGUGUACUUCGCGCUCUCCGCCCUGGUGGCCAGCGCCAUGCUCGUCCUGGUCUACAUAUCCAUGCGCUCGAGCCUUAACGAGCGACUGCGGGAGGAUCUGGCCAAAACCCAGCGCCAGAUGAUCUUUGAGAGGCCCAAUCCGCACUGGGACUAUAGCAACAGUUGGCGCAGGAUAGGGGACACCAAGCUCAGGCAUGAAAUAUACUCGGCAUACUUCGAUGUCAGGACGGAUAUUAUAGCCAACGUCCGUCUGGAUGAGGAGCAGAUGACUAUAGGAUCACUGCGGGUCUUCGCCAUUUUGCCGGAGCGUCUGCGCGACUCCAAGGUGAGCUGCAUCGUGCGCUUCGCGGACUUCACGAGCGAGGAGAUUCUGGCUGAGGAGGCGGGAGCCAUGCACGAUGUGCACAACAACACAUUUGCAGCAUGGAGCGUCAUGUGUCCGCUACAUGCCACCCGUCGCGCCCCCUUGCGACUUCCUCAGGCGGUGGCCUUGGCUUACGCCUCCAACCGACUGAGUCAUAUGAGUCCAACCUUUAUUCAGAUCAGCUAUCCCCGCAACAUGACCAACUUGUUUGGCCGAUCCCGUCCCACGAUCUCCGUGUGCGUGGGUCCCUUGCAGGAGAACUACUCGAAUGUGCUCCGGCUGGUGGAGUUCGUGGAGAUGUACCGCCUGCAGGGCGCCACCCACUUCUACUUCUACUACGUGGAGGCCAGCGAGGAGGUGCGUCGUGUUCUGGAGCACUACCAGCGGAUGGGUCUGGCCGACGUCUUCGAGUGGAAUGUCCAGGCCCAUCUGCAGGAUCUGCACUACGCCGGAAUAGUGGCGCAGUUCAACGACUGCGUCUACCGGGCCAAUGUGGUGGACAACUUCCGGUAUGCGGCGGUGGUGGAUCUGGACGAGGUGGUGAUGCCGCUGAAGCACAACACGCUGGCGGACUACCUGCGCCAGUGCGACGAGGGACGCACGGCGGGCUUCGUCUUCCGCAACGUCUUCUUCCACCGGCGGGACAGCAACGACACCUUCAACGCCCCCAGCCACGUCCUCAAUAGGCUGCUGUACACCCAGUCGAAGGUCCGCCGAACCCUGGAGGUCCUGCCCGCGUACGUGAGGAGCAAGGUGGUGGUCAAUGCCAGGGCCAUUGUGGAGAUGGGCAACCACCAGGUCUACCGCUCGGCUCCCGGCUACGCCGAUCACGUGGUGCACCCCACCGUGGGAUUGCUGUUCCACUACCGCGACAAGUGCAUCAACUGCAAGAUGGUGCUGAUCGUUGACUAUACGGCCCGGAGAUUCGGCUCGUUGCUCUUCGAUCGAGUGGACAACACGUGCCUCGAGGUUUUUCUAAACCGCGGCAUCUGCGAUCUGGUGUAGCUGGACUCCAAUCUGCGGUUCGAUCUGCGACAGACGCCCCCUAAAAACCAGAGAUCUCUCGGGUCAGUUGAUCUCGUGGCCUCAGCCCGUCGACAUGCUGAAGUUCUGCUCGCUGCGAAGGAGCAAGGAGCCUGCGAUUCCGGCUCCCAAAGUGGCCAAGAGUGUACGACAAAUUAGAAUAAGUCCUAGCUGUUCGCAUUUAAGUGUUAUGCCGUAAUAAAUCGUGCUUUAAGUGAUUUGUGAUGUAA